AUGGCAGAUAACCAAGACGCGGAAAUGAACAGUGCCGGUGAGGAAACGCAGGAGAACGGGAACACCAACCAGCCGGGAGCAGGAGGAGGAGGAGGAUCGUCCGCCGAUCAAGCCGGCGGUGGAAGAUCUUCCGGCGAGGGCAACGCGCGCGAUGACGACAGAAAACUGUUUGUCGGUGGCCUUAGCUGGGAAACAACGGACAAGGAGCUGAAGGAACACUUUAGCACGUACGGCGAGAUCGAAAGCAUCAACGUGAAGACGGAUCCGGUCACGGGCCGAUCGCGCGGUUUUGCCUUCAUAGUGUAUAGGCAAACCGAUUCGAUCGACAAAGUGGUUGCCGCCGGCGACCACGUUAUCAACAACAAAAAAGUCGACCCGAAAAAGGCGAAGGCACGCCACGGCAAGAUCUUCGUCGGAGGCCUCACCACCGAAAUCAGCGACGAUGAAAUCAAAACCUUCUUCGGCCAGUUCGGCAACAUCGUCGAAGUGGAGAUGCCGUUCGAUAAGCAGAAGAACCAGCGCAAAGGCUUCUGCUUCAUCACGUACGACUCGGUGCAGGUAGUGAACGAGCUGCUGAAGACGCCCAAGCAGACGAUCUGCGGGAAGGAGGUGGACGUGAAGAAAGCGACGCCGAAGCCGGACAACAACAUGCCUCCGAUGGGUCCGAUGGGUGGCCGCGGAGGCGGUAUGCGGGGUCAGGGACCGCGCGGUAUGCGCGGUGGCCGUGGUGGUCCGGGCGGACCGAAAGGCUACGGUCAGGGCUGGGGUGGGCAGGGGUACGGAGGUUACGGUUACGAUCAAAAUUACGAGUACGAUGACUUUAAUUAUGGCGUGUUUGACGGUGGGUUCGGGAUGAUCGGUGGUCGUCCCGGUGGCCCACGAGGAGGCGGUAAGGGAGGUCCGCGUGGAUAUGGCAAACAGCGGGGCGUUGGGGGCGGCGGUCGCCAACCACGCCACGCACCCUACUAAACGAAGAUUGAGUCCGUUCCGUCAGUAAGCAUCAUCUUUUCCAUUUUGAUCGAGCAUGAAUCGUAAAGCUUGUAAUUGAAUAAGAUAAACAGUUUUAAGCGUCCAGGACUAGUUUUAAAAUAAAACGAGUUAACGCUAAUCGAACGAUAAUAGGGCAAGAUAUGCCAUCGAAUUACGAACUUUCUUUCGAAUUUACAUUCACUUGUAGAACUAAGUUAACGCACUGAGAGAGUAACUGUAAAGCUGGAAGCAAAACAUGCCAAAAACACUCUGCUGACGGACAUUUCAUCAAAUUAAAGUUAUUUUCUUCAAAGUACAAGCACCAUCCAAUUGUUCGAGAGUCAACGGAAUGCAUUUAUCUUAUCUGGUAGUUGGCCUUAUGCACGGGUAUCUAUUCUAUUUUCCUUGCCCCAGUAUUCAUUGCACCCGCACAUCGAUUAAUGUACCCGUCACCAAUGUGAACCCUUUCGAUUUCCCGACUUACCUGCGCUCGAGACACCGCUCUGUCUGUCUGCGGUCACCCCACUACACUCGAUGCAUCGUACGGUAAUAUGUAAAGAUCAAUUUUAUGAUUCAAGCGGAUCGUGUUCCUAGCACGGCGACCUACCACCGACAAGGAGCAAAGCUGGGGCCAGGGGUAUUUGAGUGCUCAAUAUUUGCACAGCGGCCGCGCACCGGUUCUGUUUGCUUACGGCAACCGCUACCAAUUGGAUUGCAGUCGUAAUUGAAAACCACCAUCAGAUCCGGGAGUGCAUAGAGUAGCGCAUAGUUUAUUUAGAAUCGAUUAUUGGCUCGACAUUCUCGUUCGAGCAUGUGUUUUUUUUUCCUUUGUAAUAACCAUUCACGCGAUAAAAACCCCAUUAGUUUUGUUAUUAUUAAAAAGUAGAUAAAGUCAUGACUGUUCUUUUAGAAAAAAAAAUAGGAGAAACAAUAAAAAAGAGACACAUCCAGGCCAUACACACUGUA